UAAAGUUUUACCACUUGGUUCUUGUUUCUUCAGAUGCAAUUGUAACUGGUUUUUGUUUUAUCAAUAAAUUCUCAUCACUCCAACAAAAAAAAAGAAAUACUUUCAUCGAAAACAUUAUUGCGUAGUGCGUACAUACGAUAUCAUGUUGGACGGACCGGAAUGUUUUUAUUUCUUUACAAAAAAAAAGCAGGAACACGACGGCGUAUAAGAAAGAGUGUUAAAACGAACAAUUAGGCCACUCGACAUGAGCGUAGUGGUAAACCGUGACAUGAGCCCUCUAAAAAAGGCCGUUGUGUUAGUCAUCAAAUCUCAUGUCAUAAACACAACCGUUCAAUUCUCUGCUUUCAUUUUAUUAUAAGUUUUGAUCACAAAAGUAAAUAAAUUUGUUCAUCAAUCGAUUCUCAUUAAACUUUUCUUUCUAAUUUCCCCAAAGAAAAAGAAAAAAAAAAAUAUGAAAUUUUUACUUUAUCUGAUUGUUACGUUCUUUCUCCUCUUAAACGCUUUCUCAACCGCACAAACUCUGAUUCGAGAUUCUUGCAAGAAAGCUGCAGCUAAAAACCCAAAGUUCAAAAACGAUAUAUGCGUCAAGUCUCUCGAGACGAAUCCGCAGAGCAAAGCCGCAAAAGAUCUCGCCGGAUUAGUCGUGGCAUCGACCAAAAACGCAGCGUCGAAAGCGACUAGCCUGAAAGGAACCGUUAACAAGAUUCUCAAGGGGAAGAAAAUGAACAAGAUAAGUGAGAUGCCGUUACGUGACUGCCUCCAGCUUUACACCGAUGCUAUUGAUUCUUUAAACCAAGCUUUGGCUAGCAUGAAAUCACGCGAUUACAACACUGUUGUCACGGUUCUGAGUGCUGCAAUGGAUGCACCAAGCACUUGCGAAACUGGAUUCAAAGAAAGAAAAACGCCACAGAAAUCUCCGGUUACCAAAGAUAACGAUACUUUGUAUCAGAUGAUUCUGAUUCCUUUAUCUUUUACAAAUAUGUUGAAAUGAAAUUACUAAAAUAAUAUUCAUAAUGUACCGUAGAGUAAG